AAAGUUAGCUGAGCUCACAAGAACCCACAAAUCACUUUGUCACCAGCAAGCUGUGACAAGCAGAGGCAAAAAGUUAAAAAAGAAAAAGAGGCGUGUAGAAGGGAGCUGUGUCACAGGGAGGCGGAGAUGCAACAAAACUGAGGUGGAAAGAAAACUCAUGGAUAGAGUGGGGACUCGGAUGGACCGCCAGUGCUGCUGCUGAGUCUGGAGGAGAAGGUCUAGAGGAGAAGGUGUGUCAAAUUUCUGAACAUUUUUAGCCUUUACAACAGAGGAUGGACAUGAAAAGUUUCUGCGGGUCACGUGCCGCUGGUUCUCAAAAAGGGAGAUCACUUUCAUAAUGGCUUCAACGUCAGCUUGUGAGUGACUUUUAAAAUAUACUUCACUGUUUGUUUCGGGUCUCCGAGUUCAGCCUGAUCGGACGUGACUGUCUGUUGAAUAGUCCCGAGUGUCGUGUUAACAUGUGUUGAACAGCAGAGGAAGUGGUGUUUUUGCUUGGCUGAGUGUGUCAAAAAAUGUAAAGAGAAACUGCCUUGCUGAGUCAGGGGCUUCCAGUAGCCCGCCCUCCAGAGGACCCAAAUGUUAGGAGCUAUUCAGUCCUGAACCUCCGAGACUCUUCACACUGCUUUAAUUGUUCUACCCGAACGUAAACACUUGGCGUCACUCGCACCUUUCCGCCGGUGAUUCACCUUAUCCGAGGCCAGCCGGGAGAGAAGCGAGGAGGCCCAGGCACAUCUCCAGCUGCGAGCCAUGAAGCUGGCCCUGCUGAUCGCUGUGGCCGUCUACGCAGUGGCCCGGGGGAGCAGCAUGUCCACAUGCAAAACUCUAGACUUGGAGAUGGUGAAGAAAAAGCGCAUCGAGGCCAUCAGGAGUCAGAUCCUCAGCAAGCUGCGUCUGCCCAAGGAGCCUGAAAAGGACCAGGAGGGAGACGAAGAGGGGAUCCCUUCCACGCUGAUGUCGCUUUACAACAGCACCACAGAGAUGCUGAAGGAACAGCAAGCCCAGGAAGAGACGUACAUCUCCAGCGAGCAAGAAGAGGAAGAGUACUUUGCUAAGGUGCUGCACAAGUUCAACAUGACCAGGAAAAACUACUCAGAGACUACCAAGAACUCCAAAAACGUCUCACUAUCCUUCAACAUUGCCGAGAUCCGGGCAAGCGUGGGUAACUCCCGCUUGCUGACCACCGCCGAGUUGCGGAUGCUCAUCAAGAAUCCAUCCAUACAAAGCGAGCAGAGGGUGGAACUGUACCGCGGCGUGGGCUCGUCGGCCCGAUACUUGGCAUCCCGCUUUAUCACCAACCAGUUGAAGGACAAGUGGCUCUCCUUUGACGUAACCGAGACCUUACAGGACUGGAUCCAAGGAAAUGAGGACGAGCAGGGAUUCGAACUCCGGCUUUUCUGUGAAUGCAGCCAGAGGAGCGCCGAUGCCGCUUUUAGCUUCUCCAUCUCCGGGAUUGAAAGCGAUCGGAGCGACGUCGGGGUAUUAAAGCAGAUGACCCAGCAGCCGCCCUUCAUCUUGACCAGGUCCAUCCCAGUCAGUGCCAGUGGCCAGCUCAGUUCAAGGAAAAGACGCUCCACGGACACGCGUGACACCUGCACUGCCCAGACAGAGACCUGUUGUGUAAGGAGCCUGUACAUCGACUUCAGGAAAGACCUGGGCUGGAAGUGGAUCCACCGGCCAACCGGUUACCAUGCCAACUACUGCAUGGGUUCCUGCACAUACAUCUGGAAUGCUGAGAACAAAUACUCUCAGAUUCUGGCCCUUUACAAGCACCAUAACCCCGGCGCGUCAGCCCAGCCCUGUUGUGUCCCCCAGGCACUGGAACCCCUUCCAAUUCUCUACUACGUCGGCAGGCAACACAAGGUGGAGCAGCUGUCCAACAUGAUUGUUAAGUCGUGUAAGUGUAGCUAAAAGAUGACAAGACUUGGGAAGUACAUGGAAGAAUCCCACUUUAGGAACACUGUUGGUGAAGAGGAAACGCAAGGAGGAAUGCUUGGAAGUCACCCAUGGUUGACUUGGAAUCAAACCUUGAUUCUCCUUCCGUUGAUUAUAUUGUACCUGUAUAUACAUUUUUUCCAAGCAUAUUGACUUUUUAAAAGGAUUAAUUUAUUUUGGGACUGACACAUCGGGGGACUGAAAUGGUGGUGUUGAUUGGACAAUGGAUGUCCGCCAUUGCGUUCAUGUUGCUGAAGGCAUGGAAAACAGCUGCUGUUGGGGUUUUCCCAUGGGACAUUGCAGCAGGUGUGUUUACAAAGGACAGCAGGGACGCUUCGCCUCGCGGAAACUCCCUCCAACUGAGGGUUUUACUUAGCUUUUUCAAAAACCGUGUCAAGUGUUUAAAGUGUUUUCAUGUUGAUCUUUGAAUGAAUGUCUGCUUAUCAAAAUGAGGCUUUUUCAUUCUCUCAGAAAUUUGCCACCAUAGUCAGUUUCCAUUUUCAGUUUUCUUUUUUGCACUAUAGUAAACUCCAGUUUCGGAGUAAGGUUCGGUCCCCAAUAUGCGAGUAAUUGCCCUGAAGAAUGUUUAGAACAGACUAUAAAAAUAGUUCAAACAGCAAAUAAACUACGAGCUAGGACAUAAACACUUUUAUAUAAUUUCAGACAUGUUUUAAUUCAAUUCAAUUCAAUUUUAUUUGUAUAGCCCUGGAUCACAACAACGUUGUCUCAAAGGGCUUUGCAGAGGCAAUAUGAUACACAAUCAGAAACAGCAAAUGAAGCAACAAAGAUGACAAAAUAAAUUCAAUUCCUGGGUAUCCCCCAUCCUUAGACCCUCCAUGUCGGCAAGGAAAAACUCCAAAAACUCCAGAGUCUUCGGGAGAAAAUAAGAAACCUUGGGGAGUACCACAGUCAGGAGAGAUCAACUCCCAGGACGGAUAGACAGGAAGCCCCAGGACCGCUAAAGGGAAUUAGCAGGCAAAGUUACAGUCCGUAAAGAUGCAGUGGAGUAAAGGAACAAGAAGAGGUCCAUCUAGCCAGAUGAGACGGGGGUAGCAACAAGGACGUCCAUCAUGCUUGGGGUCCGGACAGUCAGGAGGCUGCAGCUGAAAAAUAGCCUCUCCCCAGAGGGGAGGGGGAAAAGGGGACACCGGGUGACUAGUGAUGAAGAGACUAGACAACAAGACAUUAACAUUGGAAAAUAGAAAUAAAGUAAGAUAAGUGGUAGGUAGAGUGAGAAAAAGGAGAUAGAACUCAGUGGCUGUACUUCCCCCAGCUUUAUAGCUUCUAGUGCAGCUUUGACUAAACUUUGAGUCUACUCUGACUUCAACUAGCCUGACCAUAAGCUUUGUUGAAUAGGAACGUUUUUAAUCUAAUCUUAAAUGUGCAGAUUGUCUCGGCUUCUUGAACAUUAGCUGGAAGCUGAUUCCAUAAAACGGGCUUGGUGGCUAAAGGCUCUAGCUCCGACAGUACUUUUAGAAACCCUGGGAACUACCAGUAGACCUGCAUUCUGAGAGCGGAGUGUUCUGUUGGGGCGGUAUGGAACCAGAGCAUCGGUGAGAUAAGAUGGCCCAACCCAUUAAUGAUCUUAAAGUAGGUGGAUGGCGAGAUAGUGUAAAGCGCCUUGAGCGCCUUGAAAGGUGGAAAAGCGCUAUAUAAGUAUAACACCAUUUACCAUUUAAAUGUAAGAAGGAGGAUUUUAAAUUUAAUUUUAAACUCGACUGGAAGCCUUUUAUCGCAUUACACUUUAAAAUGAAUGGGUUGCAGAGGAAUAUACGCAACAUUCAGUACAAAAGAGUCCCAUGUACUAAAACCCCAGGUGACAUUACUCUCCUUAAUCUACAAAAUAGAUGUAAAAACCGUCAAGAUGUAUCUAUUUAACGUAUUUUGAAAGUAAUUACUUCUUUCCAAGUGGUCAGUAAUUUUGCACCAUCUAAUGGCCAUCCUAGUGCAUUAAAGAGCAUAAAAUAAAGGCUCAAGUAAAAGGGCCAAGAACAAACUACAAAUUGAUGGGGUUCACUGUAUUCACUUCCUGCAAAGUCAAGUGUUUUAGGAAUGAAGCAAACAUGUUUUAUACUGCACUUAAUUUUCUGAUAUUGUAGAUACAACAACAAAAAAGAAAUAAAAACUUAUGUUUAAUGUG